ACUUUUAACAACAUCCCUUUGUCAAGUUCACGAGUUUCACCAGUUACACGAAAUCAAACUUCUGUCGCGCGAUCAGACCCGAAUCAACACGCUAAAAAUCACCACUACACAUCUUUGCAACACAAGCGCUUCACACUCGUUGCCCUGUUAGACAAAACGACCAAACAGUCAACCUUUUCGACCUUGAUCAAAUCAUCAACCCCUAUCCACCCUCAAAAUGUCCGAACGCAAAGUCCUAACCAAAUACUACCCCCCGGAUUUUGACCCCUCCCUCGUCGGCCGCUCGCGGCAACCCAAGCAAACCGGCCCCAAAGUCCAAACCGUCCGCCUCAUGGCCCCCUUUUCCCUGCGCUGCUCCACCUGCGGCGAAUACAUGUACAAAGGGCGCAAGUUCAACGCGCGCAAGGAAACCCCCGUCGACGAGCGCUACCUCGGCAUCCAGAUCUACCGCUUCUACAUCCGAUGCACGCGCUGUAGUGCCGAGAUUGUCUUCCGGACCGACCCCAAAAACCAGGACUAUGCUGUCGAGAAGGGCGCCAAGCGGAACACGGAGCCGUGGCGCCGCGGGUUGGAAGGGGAACUGGAGGAGACGGAUGAGCAGAGACUGGACCGGAUCGAGAGGGAGAUGGCGGAUGAGAAUGGGGAGAUUGCGCAAGCGGAGGAGAGGAAUGCGAUGGCGGAACUGGAGCAAAAGACGGCUGACGCCAAAAGGGAGAUGGCGGUCGCGGAUGCGUUGGAUGAGAUUCGGAGUCGGAAUGCGAGACUGGAGAGGGCGCAAAGGGAAGGUGGGGUGGAUAUUGAGAGUGUACUUGGUGGGAGGGGAUUGAGCGAGGAGGAGGAGAGGAGGAGGAGAGAGGAGGAGGAGGAUGCAGAAGCGGCUAGGAAGGCAUUUGAGUUUGCGAGGUUGCAGCAAAAGCUGGAGGAAACGCCGGCCGAGGAGGAGGUGUUGGGUCUGCCGAGUAUCCCUGGGGCGGCGGCAAAUGGGGAGGGCUCGUCCGGUUCUUCUCCUAGUGCUGGUGUUGGUCCUUCGUCUGCUUCGUCAACGGCAGCGACGGCGACGGCGGCGACAGCCUCGAACCCGGCAUCAGCCGCUGCGACCGACAUGCCCCCUCCCAGUUUCAAGCGCCAGGUCAAGAAAAAGAAGGACCACUCGGCCUUGCUUGGUAUCAAGAAGAAGCAACCCCUGGUCUGAGGAAACAAACCGGCCGGAAGUCAAGAUACCUUGGUUUGAAAAUUUUCACCAUCAGUACGUCAGGGUGUGGAGAGGCAUCAUGGAUCUCAUGAUGAAGAUUGCCAAAGAAUGCAGAUUGUCGAAUGCCACGAGGGGCGGUCCGUAAUGGCCAUUCUUUCAGCCUUCUAGUGUACAUCGCAGCAAACAUGAUCGACGUGGAUGA